ACAUGCCCCACUACAAGCUAACGUACUUUAAUGUCAUGGGCCUGGGUGAGCCCAUACGAUUUCUUCUGAGUUAUGGUGGUGAUGAGUUUGAAGACAUUCGUGUCAUGGACCGUGAGAGCGAGUGGCCUAAAAUAAAGCCAACUACACCAUUUGGCCAAUUACCUGUCUUGGAGAUUGAUGGCAAAGCCUUCUCUCAGACUCUACCAAUUUGUAGAUACCUCGCUAAACCAUUGAAUUUAACUGGAAAGACUGAUUUGGAUUCGUUGGAGAUUGAUGCUGUUGCAGCUGCUCUUCAUGAUUUAAGAAAACAGGUUGCCAUGUUCUAUCGUGAAGAAGAUCCUGUACUUCGGGAGAAGAAGAAAGAACAGACUCUUAACAAUGUUCUUCCUUUUUAUUUGAAUAAAUUGGAGGAACGGGCGAAGAAUAAUGGUGGUUACUUCCAUGGUGGUGAGUUGAGCUAUGCUGACAUUUUCUUCACUGCAAUUCACGAUUCACUGGCAAAUGCCUGCAGUGUUGACAUUACAGAGGGCAGACCGCAUCUGAAAGCCAUCAGGAAUCAGGUUUUGGAUAUUCCUAACAUCAAGAAAUGGGUGGAGAGACGACCUAAAUUGCAAUUUUAGACUGAAAACAGUUUAAAUUGAUAAAUUCAGAUUUUAAAUUCUCUGAAUAGAAGAGAGCCAGUCCGGAAUCUUUUUGUAUUAAUUCCUGUUUUGCCCCACAGUUGAUAAUUGCUUUCCAUUGUUGAACAGAUUAUCGACGAGAUUAAAGUCGCAAUUCUGCAAAAAAAAACUUGAAAAAUUCUGCUUUCGGAAAAGGGCCAAAAGUAAUAAAAGAAAACACAAAAUUGUGAUUUUUUGUUUAAUAAAUUGCACAUGAUUCUACCA